UUUUGCUUAAGGAGCCAGUAGCAGCGCACCGCACCGCACCGCACCGCACCCAACCCAACCCACAACCCAAUCCCAAUCCACACCAUGAAGCUGUUCGUUUGCAUAGCACUUGCCUUGCUGGCCAUUGCCGCUCCCGCCCAGGCACUGCUGGGUGCCAAGCUGGCUCUUCUCAAGGCCCUCGGUGGCGGCGGCCUCGGUGGCGGCAGCUCUGGCGGCGGCGGCGGAGGCUACGGCGGUGGAAGCUACGGCAGCGGCGGAUAUUCCGGCGGAUAUAACCAGGGAUACUACAGCCAGCCCAGCCGUCCCGUGUACAACUCUGGAUACGGCAGCGGAGGCUCGAGCGCAUCCUCCAACAGCGCUUCAUCCAGCAGCUACGGCUAUGGCGGCGGCUAUGGAGGCGGCUAUGGUGGUGGCUAUGGAGGCGGCGAGCAGUUGAUAAAGGUCAUCAAGGUGGUGGAGCAGCAGCAGCAGCCCUCGUACUCCUACGGAGCUCCCUCGGGCUAUAGCAACUACGGAGGCGGCUACAACCAGGGCUACUCCAGCGCCAGCUCAAGUGCCAGCGCCUCCAGCUCGGCCCAGGCUCUGCCUGCUGUCAGCUACUCCGCUCCAGCUCCCGCUGUGACCUACUCGGCUCCUGCGCCAGCUGUGACCUACUCCGCCCCAGCUCCUUCGGUUACUUAUUCGGCUCCAGCUCCCUCGGUGACCUAUUCCGCUCCAGCUCCCGCUGUGACCUACUCUGCUCCAGCUCCCGCUGUGACCUACUCCGCUCCAGCUCCCGCUGUGACCUAUUCGGCUCCUCGGGCUCCUGCUGUCACCUACUCCGCUCCUGCGCCCGCUCCAGUCACCUACUCGGUGCCCGCUCCUCAGCCCGUGGUCCGCUAUCAGCCUGCUCCUGCUCCAGUUCAAGUCAGCUACUCCGCCCCGGCACCCGCACCCGUUGCCAUCUCCCGCCCCAUCAGCUACGCCCCAGCGCCAGCUCCCAUCAGCUAUGCCCCAGCUCCGGCGCCCAUCAGCUAUGCCCCCGCCAGGCCCCAGCAGAUUGUGAAGACCAUUAAGCUGAUUGUCGAUGAGGAUCAGUCUGGAGGACGUGUGCCAGCCCCAGUCUACGGAGCCCCUGCACCCGUGGCCACCAGCUACUCGAGCGCAUCCUCUUCCGCGGCAAGCUCCAGCGGCGGCUGGAACGGUGACUACAACGAUGGAGGCUACAAUGGAGGAUACAACGGUGGCUACAACGGUGGCUACAACGGUGGCUACAACGCUGGCUCCACUGGUGGUGGCUUCAACGGUGGCUGGAAGCGGGGUGGCAUCUUUGAGAAGCUUGUCGGCUGCUAAGCCCAGGGAUACCCCAUUCCCCACAAACAGUGCUCAACCUAACCUAACCUUACUCAACUGUGUAUUUUUUUUUUCUAGUUCUAAAUCGAAUAAUUACUUACGAGUAUUUAACUUGUUGUUGUAUGUAUAAUUUCGAAUCGAUCGCUGUGUACAUAAAAUAAAUCAACAUAUAAAAAUGUGUGUGUUUUCCCACCCACCCGAAA